GUCUGACCUAAUGGUAUGAAUUUUCUUGUUGGCCUGAUUCUAACAUGUGUGGUUGUUACAGAGUGGAUGGGGCAAAGUUUACUGAACUACUACGGGUUCCUGAAUAACCACUUCAUCCUGAGCCGUUACGACAAUGAUCUCGGUUCGGUGCAGAGCGAGGACUUUGAGGAGUUAGUUCAGUCAGACACUGCGGUGGCCAACAUCAAGCCUCGGAAGACCAAGUUUGUACCACAGUCCUUUCACAAUUGUUCAUUUUGUGGCAAGUGGUACCGGUCAAAGACAAGUCUUGGUUUGCACCGUCGACUAGAGUGCGGAAAAGAACCUGCCUUCCAGUGCCCUUAUUGUCCGCUGAAGACCCACCAGAAGGGUAACCUCCAAGUCCACAUCAAGAAGAAACACACCGGUGAGAACAGUGAGGGCCAGUCGUUGAAGAAUCGAAACCCCAUUCUCGCUCACGAGCUCGGGAUGAUGCCACAGAAUCUGAGCGCCCAGCAAUUGGGUAUCAAUCGGGAGAUCAGUUCGGAACUGACAAUCACUCGGGCUCCCUCAGGAACUAAUCCGGUCACUUAUUCACGAACUCCGAACCUGAGUCAUAUACUGUCACAACCUAACAAAGCCCGGGGGAUCACACAAUUCCCACUCAGCACGACCGAGAGUAUACCUCCACCUCCUCCUCCACGGGCACAGAACAAUCAGAAUACCAUCCCUUCGUCAAGGGUCCAGAACAAUCAGAAUAAAGUCAGAGUGAAGGGAGUGGCUAAUAUUCCUUCUGGCAUUGUGGUCACCCAGAGGAACGUGCCUCCAGAACGAAGACUGUCAGAUGUAGCUAUAUCUCCGUCUGACCCUCCCAAGAAUUUCCCCGUGCCAGAGGUACUAGUUCAGAUCAAUGAAUUAGAAGAACCACUGAGCAUUAAGAACUCGGAGGGAACUAGUAAACAAACAGAUAUAAAGAAACUACCUGAGCUCACCCGUAUAUUGAACUCACAAGAGCCUAUUCCUCCACCGACAGCAUUACCUAUGAUUUUAGACUCGUUCAGCAUCUCAAACUCCUCUACAGUUGAGCCUUUCAAAAAUGAACCAAAGUCACCCAGUAGAGAAGUAGAAAUCGUUGAAAUCCCUGAUUCUACUGACAAGGGACCUAGUUAGAUCUGCUUUAACUUGAUUUCAAUAAGCUCUCUUAUUAAUUUUAAACAGUAGACUAACUAAGUUUAUACUCAUGGUCAAAGGUUAUUUUUAUACUAGCUUUUGUCGAAAUAUUUAGCCGGAUAGAUUAAUAAUUAUCAUUACGUCAAUACAGCGAAUAUUUUGGAGUGGUUUUUGCCCUUCAUUGUCGAUAGUAUUAUUUAUAGUAUUUUGAAGGAUUAUAUUUUUAUUUAUUUUUAAGAGAUUUUCUUUUGUAGAUGUAAUUAUGUAUAGUAUGUUGUUUCGUAUGCUAUAGUUAAAUAUUUUUUUUAUAAACUAUGAGUAAAGUCUGCAGUAUUUAUUUUAUACUAAUGACUUUUUCUAUUUGUUCCUUUAAUAUUCACUAAAAUUCAGAGUAACAACUUCCAUCACAAAAUAACUAAUGGUAUGAUAUCAAAUCACCUAGUUAUUAUUAAAAAUUUUUUUUGUCAUGUUAAUGUUGGUAUUUUGGACACAAUUUUACUGCAAAAAUUCCAUUAAAUAUCAAAAGUAUUACAAUUUUAUAUUCAAAAUUUUUAUAUUAGUUUCAUAAGAUACAAUUUCACAUUUUAAAUAUGUGAAAAAAUAAGUAAAUAACCUUUACUUACAAGGUUAAAACAUUUUCUUUAACAUAUAUGACAUGCAAUGUUUUUAUUAAGAUUAUGGUCUCAAAGCAUACACCAUAUUGAAUGUAUCAGUAUAGUAAAGGAUCAUUUAAAUAUGAUUAAAGAAUUGGCAUCCUAUAUAAAUCUCAUAUAACCAAUUUGAGUUUUAUUAAUAGUAUAAAAUACACUUCUAAAAUUUAUAUUUCCAAAUAAUUUAUGAUUGUUAUUUACAAAGUUAUAUUUAUAAAUAAACAAAAUGGACAUAGUCUCCCAACAUUAUCUUAUGAGAUAGUGGCAAGGUUUGUAAAGAACAAAAAAAUUGUGAAAUUUACAAACAUUUAAAUAUAGUAUGAGAGCAGUAUUUUUAUUUAAAAAUUUUGUUUGCUUUGAAUCUAAAACUUUUGUAUUAAUAAUAUAAAAUUGGGCAUAGUACAAAUUGUAUUUUAUACAUCAUAGCUUUUAAGAAAAUGUAUGUUUAAUGUGUUCAUAAAAACCUUUUCCAGAAUUUCAUGUAUAAGUUGUUUGAAAAUGCUUAGUUUUUUUCUCUAUUAAAACAUGUUUAAAAAAUAAAAAUUAUUUCAGAACCACUUAUAAACAGCAAUGACAAGUUGCACAUAUAUGUUCUACUUGUUGACUUGAUAUUAUGAACAAAAUGGGUAAUAAUGGUUUUUGUACUAUUUAAAUUUAAAGUUUAUAAUGUUAAAAAUUUUAGAGGCAGACAGAGCUAAACAUUUUUACUUUGCCCUAUAAGAGCAACGUUAAACGUCUAACACUUAAAUGUGUUUAUUUUUAAUUGUAGAAUCACGGAAGAUGUCUCAUUUUUAAGAUUAAAUUAGUACACGUCAUAAUACUUUUUAGUUUUUAAAUAUUUUUUUAUUGGUUAUUCAGAAUAAAUCUCAAAUUUGUUGGUGCUUUAUCGUUUGAUGUGUAAGAAAAAAUUAUAAAGGGUUUAAAUCUGUAUUAAGAACAUCUCUAUAUUGAGACAUUUCCAAUGAUUAAAUGACCCAAACUGGGGUGUAGAAGUGUGUGGGGGUGUAGAAGUGUUUGGGGUGUAGAAUUGUUUGGGGGUGUAGAAGUGUUUGGUUUAACAUACUUUUCGUGGGAUAAAUAGUGGUCAUUUUACUACAAGAACCCUACAACCAGCAAAAUUCCGAUAUCAAACGCUUUAGUUGUAUUCUAGAUGGCAGCGUCCGAUAUUGAGACUUUUAACACUCUCUACGUUUUUAUAAUUAUGUCUUUAAAAGGCGGUGUUGAUAAGAAGGAGGAUACUUCCAGUAGCCUAUACUUAAAUAAUAAACUUUCCAAUCAUUUUCAUGUUCUGUUAUACAUAUAUAUAUAUAUAUAUUUUGUGAGCUCAGAAUUAUUUCUUACGGUCUUGUGUACUGCACCAACUGCUCGCAUUAUCAGCUGAUUCACACAACUGUUUUUAUUCUAUCAAUCAGUUGUUGUUUUUAUUUACAAGUAAUAAUUGUAUGUUUUAGUAUUGUUGUAUUAGUGUGUUUUGGUGAGCUAUUGCAGCAGUUUAUCACGACAAUAGAUCAUAACUUUCAACCUUAUUUAUGUAGUAACAUUGAUUUUGUACUAUUAUAAGCUUUUUAGCUUAAAAAAAAAUUGUUUGAAAAAAAUUAGUUAUAAGACUGAAUGAUCAAAAGACUUAAUGUAUAAAAAAACUCCACCUCUGGGAGAACUUUGACCUACAGUUCCAAAUCAGUUAAGAACCGAUUGUAGUGAAAUGACCUUGAAUUUUUCUUCAUAAGAAUAAUGUUAAACUUGUAUACUUUUACACCCUCAUAUUUAAUUGUAGCGUUAUGGUACAUAUUUCAUUUAAUGAUAUAAUAAAUAAUAAACACUUUGUAAAUGUUAUAUAUUUCUUAAAUAUUUAAACAAUGAAGCUCAAAAAAGUUUGAGAUUAUCUUCUGAAUAACUAGAAAAAUAUUAACGAAACUAAAAAGCCUUUGAAUGUGUAUUAAAAUAUCUAUAAAAUGUGACAUCUCCCAUAGUUCUAUAACUACAAAUAAGGUUAUAAAGGUGCAUGAGGUUUUACCCAUCCUGCAUGAUGUUCCAGUAAAAGUAUUCAAAAUAACAAAUAAGUUUUUGUGUAAUUUUUAAUAUAACGGGAAUUUAUUUAAAAUUAUGUAAAAUAAAGGAACUCCUAAUAAACAUGAAUAAUUUUGUACUGUAUUUAUACAAACAGUAUUAGUUUACAUUGUAUACAAAUUAGUUGCAGCAAUUAACUUAAAUCUCCUAAAUCAGUAUUAUAAUAUUGUAUGCAUGGUUAUUUAAACUCAUAUAUUUAGAUUUAGUUAUACCUUUCUUAUUAAGCCAAAGGCAGUUUUACUAUUACGUUUUAUUUUUAUACUCUGUCACCAUUUUCGGGCAAAAUAACUGUCCAAUUUACAAAUCAAUGAAAUACUCAAUUAUGUGUACAUAUUUAAUUCUUUGUGUAGGGAAUACAAUGAAAGUAGAUCUCGAGCAGACACAAAGGAUGUUCUGUCAUCACGAAUCUGUUAUCUAGAGACUAAGCUUUGUAGUUCUGUAAGUCUGUAAGGUUCUGUAUUUUAUACUUAAAUUGUGUAGUAACACUUUGGCUUAUCCUAUGUAAAUGCAGAAUAGUUUUAAGAUCUGCAGUACGAUAGUUUCUUGCAGGUGAAAUGAUAUUCUAAAUUGUACUCAGCGAUUUUUGAAUUAACAUGUAUGUACAUAUGUUAUUUACAGUGUAUAAGACAAAUUUCUGUACAUAAUCUGUGGCUGGUAUAAUUGUGGUUUUUGCCUUCCUUCUAGUAAUGUUUUCUGCCACUUUGUGGUUUAAAAAAUAAUUCUGUAAACCUUGGAAAGUCUAGUAAUACCUCUGUAGCCAUGAUGUGUAUUACAUUUCCACAAAAUGUGCUUUAGAUGCAGUGGUGAAAAAAAUAAUCAACUAUUCUAAAUUUGGAUUUUUUUAAAGGAAUUUGGAAUCACAUAUUUAAGACAUGAUUUUGUGUUUUGGUCAUAAUUAUUUUUGUUCUUAGAACAUAAUGUUUUGGUUCUACUCAUGGAAUUUUCUUUACUGCAUGAGGUAAUUAAGUACUGGUUCUAAAAGUGCAACACCUUAUGAAUUGUUGGCUUGCAAUAUAGUAUUAAUGAUACAAUCAUGUUGUUGUAGUAUUAUAACAUGUAACUUUUAGUAUAUACAUUAUUGUAAAAUUUACUUCUUAGUAACUAUUAUAGCAAUUAUGUAAGGUUCCUAUCACAGUCAUUGAUAAAAAUUUAGUUAAAAGAUUUGAUUUCCAGUAUUAAAUUUUUUACUGAAGGAUGUUAUUUGUAUGACUUCUUUGGGAGACAGUUAUUUUUGGCUGUCUUGGCCCAUUGUCUGGAAUGAAGAUUUAAUAGUGGUUUUAUUGUUAAAAACAUGUUAGAGUGGUGAAACUUGCUCUAAUUUAUAUAUCAGAGUUAAAAUUGAUUGUGUAAGAAAAAUAUUGUAAAACAUGUUGUGUUAAAUGUUAUAAUGUUAAAAAAACACCAUGCAAAAAUAAUUUUUUCCGUUUAUAUUUUUGUCCAUACAAUAUGGACAUGAUCAAAGCACAACAUUGGCAGACAAACAAAUUUCUGAAAAAAGAAACAACUGAAAGUUUACAAAUUUUAAUAAAAGGAUUUUUAAUUUUUAACUCCUUAAUGUUUUGUAACAGAUUACGUUAUUUGUUAUCAUUAUCAAUGGUGUUUAUCCAGUUUGUUCGUUGCAAAAAACUACAUUGUUGACAAUAUCUACAUUAAACUGGUUGAUGUUGUUUUGGCUCAAAACGCAAAUUAAACUCAUGACUCAAACCCCACUCCCAACUUAGCAGAUUGAGUUCAGUUGUUAACCUACCUCAACGAGAAUAAGAUAUUAAUAUUUAUAAUUAGCAAUUUUCUUAACAAUGUAUAACCUUUAGUUGGUGCUAUAUCCAGUUUUGUUUUUAUAUUGUUUGUAUUUCUGUUGUCGUUUUUCACAACUUUAUUAGUUAAGCUAGUGACUACUUAUUUGAUUGAAACUUGUUGUAUAACUUUUUACUUAGUCCUUUUGCAGUAUUUUAUUAGUUUAUGUUGAUAUACAUAACAAUUUUUUAUAGACUUGUACCAUAAUUACAUUAUAAGCCAAUAAAACUUUAUAUAAUAAUAA